UCUCUUAUACUUUUCCAAAACAUGCAAGCUGUACCUGAAACAGCGGUUGUGGAGGUUAAUCUCGGAUUGCUCAAGGAGCUUGAAGGUUUCGGGUUCCCGAGGGCUCGAGCAGCAUGGGCACUGCAUUACUCUGGUAACACCAGCGUCGAGUCUGCUGUGAAUUGGAUAGUUGAUCAUGAGAGUGACUCGCAAUUCGACGACAUGCCACUGAUGGAGUUUAACAUCGAGAUCGAGUCUUCAAGUCCAUCCGAUGACACCAUGGAAGCCAAGCAAGCAAGAGUCAAGGAACUCAGAGAACAAGCUAGCAAGAAAAGAGAAGAAGAGGAGAGAAAACGCGGGAAAGAAAGGGAAAAGGAAAGGAUAAGAGCGGGUAAAGAGCUUUCGGAAGCUAAGCGAGUUGCUGAGGAGAACGAAAGAAAACGAAAUAUAGCGUUGAGGAAAGCCGAGAAAGAUGAAGAGAAGAGAGCACGAGAGAGGGUUCUUCAGAAACUUGAAGCAGACAAGAUGGAGAGGAAGAGGAUGCUCGGUGGGUUUCCGACAGAAGUUCAUUCCUCUUCGAGAUCGCCUCCGUCUGCUCCGCCCGAGAGCAAUAUCUUUCUGCCCUCCUCCCGGGGCUCAGUAUCGAAAGCUGAGGAGAUGAGAGAGUGCUUGAGGUCAUUGAGGCGAAACCUCAAAGAUGAAGAACCCCGAGUCGCGAGAAGGGCAUUCGAAACGCUUCUCGUGCUUGUGAGGAACGUCGCCAAGAAUCCCGACGAGGAAAAAUACAGAAGAAUUCGUCUGGGCAACCCCUUGUUCCACGAGAGAGUGGGGAGAUUCGGAGAGGGCAUCGAGUUCUUGGAGCUAUGCGGAUUCACGAGACAGAAAGAGACCGGCGGCUUCUUGAAUCUCCCGCGCGACCAAAUCGACAUUUCGCGUCUUCGAGAAGCCGCGUCUCAGUUGAAUUCCGCCCUCACUAAUCCCUUCUUUGGUGUUCUCUCUUCAUGA